AAGAGAGACGAACAAGGAGGGAACGAGAAAGACAGUGCAGGUGCCUUUAUUUUAUGUGAAUCAAUCUCCAGACGUGCGCUGCUGCUUUGCUCCAAUCCAAGAACUCCACUCUCUCUCUCUCUCUCUUUCUCCGUCUUGUAUCGGAGACUCCCACACACCGCCUCCCGUCGUUUUCUUCUUCCAUUGCUCCGAAACCAACGAAAUUUCUCUUUCCCUCUUUCCCCACUCUACAUAUUUGUUUCCACAUUGUCUGUUCCGCACAUUAAUGACGUCUGAUUCAUCUUUCCAUUCCCGGUAUCCCAAAGCCCCCACCUAAUCUCCCUCCUCUAUUUUACUCCCCUUCACCUCAAUCAUAUCAAAUUGGGAUUCAGGCGUCUACUGUUUGACUCGAUAAUCAGAAGAAGAUGAUCCCAAUAAGCCCCGUCGCUCUCUGAUUUUUCGUUUCAAGGUUUUUCUGGUUUUGGGUCCUUCUUCAAGUCUUCCCUUCUUCACCCGGGAUUUUGAGACUCUGAGUUUUGUUCAUUUUGUGAUUCUAAAUCUUGGGUUCGGCUCGGUUUUGUUUAUUAUGUUGGAUUUAUAGAGAUAAUCGGCUGUAUUCAGUUCGAAUUCACAGGAAAGCUGUGAACUUUAGUGGGGUUUUUUUGAGAAGGACGCGCCGGGUUUUAAUGAACUGACUAAAUGAUCAAGAAAGGAAUGGCGAGGCACAACAGAGGAGAAGAUGGCCCAGAGAUUCCCCACCUGGGUCUGCUCAAAAUGCUGCAAGUUCUAUCGUUCUUAUUGGUAUUCGUUGCUGGGAUCAUUCUUGGGUUGCUAGCUAGUACUCACAUCAACAGCCUCUUCAAUUCCCAGAGGGAUUUGUUUUUCACUUCCAACAUUGCUGUUACUACCACAAGCGUAUUAUCCGAUGGUAGAAGCAGCGGCAGCAACUGCAGCACAACAAAUUCGGAGCCUUGCAAUUGCAAGUCUUGCGACGAUGAGAGCAAGGUUGAUUGUUUGAGCAUGAAGACGUUUCUCCAUCCGCAUAACUUGACGCAUGGAAUGAGUGAUCGAGAGCUUUUCUGGAGGGCUUCUUUGGUUCCUAAGAAGGAAGAGUACCCUUUUGUUAGAGUCCCUAAAGUGGCUUUCAUGUUCUUGACUAGAGGGCCUUUGCCCUUGUUGCCUCUAUGGGAGAGGUUCUUUAAGGGUCAUGGCAAGUACUUCUCUAUUUAUGUUCAUACCGAUCCUGGUUAUGUGCUCAAUGUUUCCAGUGGUUCUCCGUUCUAUGGAAGGCAGAUUCCGAGUAAGCAUGUUGAAUGGGGAUCAGUAUUACUGCUCGAUGCCGAGAGGCGCCUCCUUGCAAACGCUCUCCUGGAAUUCUCAAACGAGCGGUUCAUUCUUCUCUCGGAGAGCUGCAUCCCUGUCUACAAUUUCAAAACAGUCUACAACUACCUCGUCCAUUCGGGACACGGGUUUGUGGAGGCCUAUGACGAUCCAUCCCGGUACGGGCGUGGCCGAUACAACAGGAGAAUGCUUCCGUACAUUUGGGUCAGACAAUGGAGGAAAGGUUCUCAGUGGUUCGAGAUGCAGCGAGCCUUAGCCGCCUAUGUUGUAUCAGACACAAAGUACCACAAGUUGUUCAAGAAGUACUGCACCCCAGCUUGCUACCCUGAUGAGCAUUUCCUCCCAACAUUCAUCAACAUGUUCCAUGGAUCAAUGAACUCGAAUCGAACCGUGACUUGGGUCGAUUGGUCGUUGGGUGGGCCGCAUCCAGCAACUUACAGUGCAGUUAAUAUCACCGAAGGGUUGAUACAAUCGAUUCGGAUGAAUCAAACCCUGUGUUCUUACAAUUCGGGAGUGACCCCUAUCUGUCAUCUAUUUGCUAGGAAGUUUGAUGCAAGUGCAUUGGAGCCUUUGCUUAACCUCACUUCCAGGGUAAUGGAGUUCUGAAAGAGUUUCUCUUUUAGAUUAUUGUUUUACUGACAGUGGCAUGCAGUGGGAUGACAGUCAUUAGUUCUGAGGAUGGGAUGAUUUUCAUUGUACAGAUAGCCAGGAGAGGGGUUCUUAGUGAUAAAACCCAUGAUUUAAGUAAUGCCUGCUUCUACUCAGCAGAAUUUUGGGGGGCUUAUAAUUGUAGUAGUAAAACUGCCAAAUCAAUUUUUGAUGGCAAGGCAAGAGUUAUAACUUAUAAUACAGAGAGCAUGGAUUGAAGGUGCAGCAGGUUCAACUACUUCACUAUCAUCAUGUUAGUUGCCUUAAGCUCCCAUUGCUAGCAUGUUGCCCUUGUCUCAAACUGAGUGUUGUGAAAUGAUAAUUUUGUGUCUUCAAAUACUG